AUGGAAAAUUUUAAUGAUGAAUUUAAAUCAAAAAGAAGAUCAUUACCAAAUAACGCCAAGUACACCAGUCCACAGAUUCAAAAUGAAAUGUUGUCAAUUUUUAAUGAUAUGAUCCAAGCCAUAAUAAGUGAUGAGCUACAAAAGUCUCAAUAUUUUUCUAUUAUAGUAGAUGAAACAAAAGACAUAAGCAAAAUAGAGCAGAUAUCAGUAGUUAUAAGAUACUUCUUGAAUGGUGUAAUUUAUGAGCGUUUUAUGGGCUACCGAGCAGCUAAGUCAUUAUGUGCUAAAUCUCUUCUUGUAUAUAUUAAAGAAAUUAUUGCCAAUAGUAAUAUUGAUAUUAUGAAAUGUGUUUCACAAACUUAUGAUGGGGCCAGUGUAAUGAGUGGACGGUUGAAUGGGGUUCAAGCAUUGUUUCGUGAAGAAGUAUACCUCAAGCCAUUUAUGUGCACUGUUAUAACCAUAGACUUAAUCUCAUUAUAUCCGAUGUUUGUAAAAAUGUAA